AUGGACCACUGCGAGAGCGCAUCGACGAAACUUCUGGACUCAGCAACAGCAGUGCUUGGAGAGCAAGCAGCAGCACUUUCACAUGUCCACGGGCUCUAUCAAACCGACGAGACAGCCAGGCGAAGUCUUGCCGCCGCCGUCGAUGCCAUCGUCCAAGCCCAAGCCAGGCGAGGGAAGCUGAUCGUCUGCGGCGUGGGCAAAAGUGCCUACGUUGGUAUGAAGCUGGUCGCGACCUGCAAGAGUCUCGGUAUCGCUGCCAGCUUCAUGCAUGCCUGCGAGGCAGUCCAUGGGGAUCUGGGCGACAUCCGAGAGGAUGAUGUGCUGCUGUUCAUCUCCUACAGCGGCAAGACCCCGGAGCUACUGAACCUUCGGCCUCACAUCCCCCAGUCAACAAGGGUGAUGGUCGUCACUUCGCAGUCAAGACCAGAGGACUGCUUGUUGCUGGCCGAUCGAGAGGACGGCAUCCUCAUCCAGGCGUCCAUCCACAAGUCGGAAGAGGAAUCGUUCGGCGUGAGCGCUCCGACCACAUCAGCGACUGUUGCCCUCGCGAUCUCGGAUAUGCUUGCGUUGACAGUUGCCGGCCAAAUCCAUGCCGACAAAAGGAAGGAGGUCUUCAAAUGGAACCAUCCCGGAGGAGCCAUAGGCAUGCGUCACGAAGAAGUUGAGGCUCUAAAAGAGAAAUGCCUUGAUGUCUCGAUUGUGGAACUGCCAAGUCCAAGCUUGUCCGCGCAGGAUGAAGAGAAUGAUUCGAAAGCUAUAUGA